AUGGGAAAUAAUAAUCCUAUACUACCACCAGCAAUUGAUUGGAGAAAUUGGUCUGAUUGGGCUGAAUAUCUGAUAAGAAUACAAGCUAUAAGAACUGCGAGCUCGCCAGGAGGUCCUAUUAAUAUGAGCAAUAUUCUAAUUGAAGAUAUAGAACUUUUAGAUAGAAAUUUGGGAGUUGGUAACAAUUUUAAAUAG